UUAAAUUCAAUGACCACUGGUUGACCAUUAACCUUUCUCUCUCUCCCCACACUGUUUCCUCCGCUCCCUCUCUCCACCUUCCCACUUGCGCAGUGUGGAGAUCGACGGACAAACCGUUUCUCUCUCUAAGGGUCGGUGGGUGUUUAUCCUGCGCUUCUCCCGGUUAUCCUGCGCCGGCUCUGCCAUGGUGGGAGGAAGGAGGAGAUCAUCCUGUUCGUUGCUCUCCCCUGAACUCGCUCUCCUCCUCCUCCUCUCUCUCCUCCUCUCUUCCUCCGUCGUCUCUCCUCGCCGCCUCUCCGACUCGGAUCUGCUCGACGAAACCGCCGCCAACUCCUCCGUCGCGUCCCUCAACGCUUCCCUCGUUAAGCCCAAGGAAGGUAGUUUUGCUGAUAUCAUCGACCGCGCCCUCGAGAAGGAGUUCAACGAGAGUGACCAGAAUGAAGCUGCUGACCCCGGAAGCUUUAACAACAGUGUCGAGGGACAACAGGCUGUUCUCGAAACGGUAGCCAGGGUAAAGUCAAAGAAAAAUGAGACGAAAGAGGAAAAGCCAUUUAAACUCCAUGAUGUCUUCAAUCUGGAUAGUGAUAACAGAGUUGAGGAAACUCCGACUCUGAUAGACCGAAAAGACAAUGUCUUCAUCAUAUCCAAUUUCAAGUCAAAGUAUCCUGUUUUGCAGUUAGACUUGAGAUUGAUAUCAGAUCUGGUUGUUGUUAUUGUUUCUGCAACUUGUGGUGGCAUUGCUUUUGCUUGUGCUGGACAGCCGGUCAUAACUGGAUAUUUGCUAGCAGGAUCAAUCAUUGGGCCUGGAGGAUUGAACUUUAUCAGUGAGGUGGUCCAGGUUGAAACAGUUGCCCAGUUUGGUGUCAUAUUUCUGCUUUUUGCACUGGGUCUAGAGUUCUCCAUGGCCAAGCUUAGAGUUGUCCGGACAGUUGCUGUUCUAGGGGGCCUUCUUCAAAUUCUUCUUUUUAUGUUCCUGUGUGGAAUUACAGUGUCGUUGUGUGGUGGUAGACACUCAGAAGGUGUAUUCGUUGGAGCAUUUUUGUCAAUGUCAUCAACAGCAGUGGUGCUGAAGUUUCUCAUGGAGAAAAACACCACAAAUUCUCUUCAUGGCCAAGUUACGAUUGGAACCCUGAUUCUACAGGAUUGUGCUGUGGGUUUGUUGUUUGCGUUGCUUCCUGUUCUUCGUGGAAAUUCUGGCAUUCUUCAAGGAGUAUUAUCAAUGGCAAAACUGGUGGUAGUGUUGCUUGCAUUUUUGGCUGUUUUGACAAUGUUAUCGCGGACAUGUGUUCCUUGGUCACUGAAGUUAAUGAUCAGCUUAUCUUCACAGACAAAUGAACUCUAUCAGUUAGCCUCUGUUGCCUUUUGCUUACUUGUAGCCUGGUGUAGUGAUAAGUUGGGCUUAAGUCUUGAACUAGGUUCUUUUGCUGCUGGAGUUAUGAUAUCAACUACUGAUCUCGCUCAACACACAUUGGAGCAAAUUGAACCCAUCCGCAAUUUAUUUGCUGCACUUUUCCUGGCCAGCAUUGGGAUGUUGAUAAAUGUUCAUUUCCUCUGGAACCAUGUCGAUAUACUGUUGGCCUCUGUUAUAUUAGUAGUUAUCAUAAAGACAACAAUAGUUACAACAGUUGUUAAGGGGUUUGGAUACAACAACAAGACGGCACUGCUGGUUGGAAUGUCUCUGGCUCAGAUUGGGGAAUUUGCCUUUGUUCUCCUUAGCCGUGCCUCCAAUCUUCACCUCAUUGAGGGGAGACUUUACCUCCUCCUCUUGGGGACAACCGCUCUAAGCCUGGUUACAACGCCUCUGCUUUUCAAAUUCAUCCCGGCCGUUGUGCAUCUCGGAAUUUUGUUAAGAUGGUUUGCUCCAGACAGCUCUGUCGAGAUGGGUAUGAAAGUAGAAGUGAUGCGGUCAGAGAGCGGGAAACAACGGAUAUUGAUGAUGCCUCACCAAUCCCACAAUUCGUAGAAAUCCCUCCCUUCCAUAAGGAUUGGCCCUUCAUCCGAUGGAAAAAACAGACAGACGGAUGAAUGAAGGUUCCAUGGCAGUUUUUGUGAAAUCAUAUUUGUAUAUGCUGGCAGCUGACUGCUGCGCCGAAGAAGUGAGAAUUAAACCUGAGAAGAAAAAACCGCACAUAUAAAAGUAUGUGUCUUCCAAAGACAGCAUCUCAGCCUCCAAGACUUGUCCUAACUUAUUAUUUGGUUGUUCUGUGUCCAUUCUGUUUGUUCCGCAACGAGGGCUCACUUUCCCUCUUUGUAAUUAUCAUUUUUUUGUUCCCGUCUUUCUCAUGUAAUCCUGAAAAAUGUUGAUCUUUUGUCUCAGUUUUUUUUUUUUUGGGAGAAAUUCUUUUAGGGGCUUUUAUUUUUUGUAUUCUUGUGGGGGGGUUGGGUGUUUGGAAAGGAGGGGAGGGAGCCCCUCUGGUCCCUAAUUGUGUGUUUUCGUUUUUGGUGUGGACAAACUUGCGGAGCUCUUUGUCUCGCUCCUUCCUUUGUAUCAAAGUUUUGCUUCUUUUCUCAAACUCGUUUCAUAAUCUUUUUUUUAAGAUAA